AUGCCAUACCAACGUGAAUUGCUGUUCGCUACCGAAGCCGUCCGGAAAGCUUCUCUACUCACCAAAAAAAUCCAAAGAGCUAUGCUCCGCGACCAUGAAAGCCCACUUAUAAAGAAAGACCAUUCUCCUGUUACACUUGGUGAUUAUAGCGCGCAAGCUAUUAUAAUUAACGCAAUUAAGGUCAAUUUCCCACAAGAUGAAAUUAUUGCCGAGGAGGACACUACCGAUCUUCGUGACAGCUUUUUAGAAAGAAUACUAACUGAGCUAAGGACUGGUGAUGAUCUGUAUAAUAAGUUGGGACGUAAAGAUAUCGAAUUCACUAACUCCGACUACCCCCUAACUGACAUCAACGAUCUUCGUAAGAUUAUAGACUUAGGGAACAGCAAAGGAGGAGAAAAAGGCAGAUUCUGGAGUAUUGACCCCAUAGACGGAACGAAGGGGUUUGUCAGGGGCCAGCAGUUCGCUGUUUGUUUGGGUCUAAUUGUUGAUGGUUCUCCCGUAUUAGGUGUUAUCGGCUGUCCAAACUUGCGCUUCAGUGAGUUCGGCGACAAGGAUAUCACGGAAGACGACUCAGGUUACAUCUUUAAAGCUUUAUCUAACUGCGGUACUACCUAUUCUCCAACGUUAGCCGACGAUUGGCGCACUGCAAAAUGUAAUGUUGUUACAGAUACUUCUAAAAUGACGUCGCUGGAGAGCUAUGAAAAGUCACACUCUUCUCGCGAAACGCAGCAGCAGAUCAAAUCAAAGCUGCAAAUUACUAGGACGUUUUAUCUUGACUCACAGACAAAAUACUGCCUACUAGCCGCCGGCGUAGCCGAUCUUUAUUUACGGCUGCCCAAAAAUAACGGGUACCAGGAAAAAAUCUGGGACCACGCCCCAGGGUCAGUGAUCCUGCAUGAAGCUGGGGGCGUCGUUUCGGAUGCUUUAAGUGGCGACCAGCUGGACUUCUCGCGGGGCAGAUACCUCUACUCCAACGGAAUUGUUGCCAGCUGCGGUGGUCCCGCGCUGCACCGCCGUAUCGUGGAUGUUUCGUCGGACGCGAUGAAGUCGCUGACCAGGCCGCAGUGA